CCCUGAACCGAGGUGGUAUCGUCCGUUCACGGGAUCAACAUGGAGGCGCUGCCGCGGUAAAGUCACCGUUGAGAAAUGUCGACUCGGGUCCCGGGGAGGCGGUGAAGUCCCUGACGGGGUCGAGUGGAGGAGGUCACCAGGCGACCUGCUGUAGACCGGACCUCACCUGUCGGAACCGGCCCACACCGUCACCGUGCUGCUGCCGGGACAUGAGUCAGUGCCACCGGUCACCUGCACUGACUGGUAGUUCAGCAGCAUGGAGGCCACACAGAUCACCGGGGUGUAUGGAGAGGUCAGCGGCCUCCCUGCGCCUCUCUCUGCCCACGUGAGUGAGGAGCAGCUCCCGGAGCAGAGGGUCUACACCGUGACCGCAGAGUGGAGUCAGAGCGACCUGGUCCGAGGCUCCAGACUUCGCUACUCUCAGCAGUGGACUGUGAUCGCAGACGCCGACGACCACAGGCGCAUCAGGACCGUCCUCCCUCCAGGGUCCUGUGCACCAGCGUCGGGAGAGUUGCUCAGUGGACGCUCUCCCAUUCGAGGUCAGAGGGCAGUUGUCAGGGAGACCGGUGGCCACCAGCUCCUUGAGAUAUGGGACUGCAACGGCCUCAGGAAGUGCCUCAACCUGACUGCCCUCAACAAACAUGGCCGAGUAUAUGACGAUGCUCAGUUUGGGUGUCUGUCAUGGUCAGAGUGUGAGAACAAACUGCUGUAUGUGGCAGAGAGGAGCAAGAACACAUCAAUAGGAAAACAUGAAUCUGCCAAUGGGAAGGACAGGAGUGUGUACUGUGAGGACUGGGGCGAGGCUCUGACCAACAAGAGCAUCCCGGUGAUUUGUGUUGUGAACCUGCAGAGCGGCACGGUCGCUGUGCUGCAGGGCGUGCUGCCCGACAUCUCACCUGGACAGGCUCUGUGGGCUCCUGGGAGUCAGUCGGUGUUGUUCGUCGGUUGGUGCCAUGAACCUUUCAGACUCGGACUGAAGUUCUGCUCCAAUCGCAGGUCGGCGUUAUUCAAGCUGGACCUGGACGGAUACUGUGAGUGUCUGUCAGGGUACGACCUGUCGGUGUCCUGUCCGAGGUUGAGUCCAGACGGGUCCACGCUGAUCUAUCUGCAGGGCCAAGUGUUCGGUCCUCACAAUCAGUGCCUCAGUCUGCAAAUGCUGGACCUGAAGAGCGGGAAGACGUCCACACUGUUGGAUGUUGUCAACAGACCGCAGGCUGGUGAGUGUGCAGGUGUUUAUGAGGCUCUGCCGGCCUGCUGCUGGUCUGCAGACAGUCAGAGAGUGUUGUUCAGCAGCGCCCGCAGGAACUGGAAGGAUCUCUUCGUGGUCGACAGAAGAUCAAAGAAAGUCUCCUCCCUCUCUGAUAGUCUCUCUGAUGUUCCCAGAGUAUAUGGCAGCUGGAAGCUGCUGACAGUCCAGAGGGACCUGAUGGUCGUCUGCUGCUCCAGCCCCAAUACACCACCCACUCUGAGGGUGGGUUUCCUGCCCUCAGCAGGUGAAGCUGUGACCUGGCGAACCCUGCAGCAGCCCGUCCUGACCUUUGACUUCCAUUGGACCAUUCUUGAUAUUUCACCUCCACCUGAGGAGGAAAACACAGAUUACUCUGCUCUGGACUUUGGUGCAGUCCUGGUCAAACCGACUCACCCCGUCCAUGACGCCAGUUUACCUCUGGUCGUCUUCAUCCAUGGUGGCCCUCACUCCCAGUUCCCUGCAGAGUGGAACGCAACCACAGCUGGACUGGCUAAACUCGGCUUUGCUGUGCUCAUGGUUAACUACCGGGGAUCCACAGGGUUUGGUCAGGACAGCAUUUUGUCCCUGAUUGGUCAAAUUGGAAGCCAGGAUGUAAAAGACGUUCAGAGGGCCGUGCUCACUGCGCUGCAGAGCGACCUUACCCUUGACUCCAAACGCUUGGCCGUGAUUGGCGGUUCUCAUGGGGGUUUCCUGUCCUGUCACCUGGUUGGUCAGUACCCAGAUUUCUACAGAGCGUGUGCAGCCAGGAACCCCGUCAUCAAUGCUGCAACCUUACUGGGAACCAGUGACAUAGUGGACUGGCGCUACACCAGUGUCGGCCUUCAGUACUCGUACGACCGGAUACCCACCGCCGAAGCCCUGGCUGUUAUGUUGGAGAAGUCGCCCAUCACACAUGCUGCUCAGAUCAAGGCCCCAGUGCUGCUGAUGCUGGGAGGCAGAGACAGACGAGUGUCUCCCCACCAGGGUCUGGAGCUGUACAAAGCCCUGAAGAGCAGAGCUUCACCCGUCAGGCUGCUGUGGUUUGCAGAGGACGGACAUUCACUGUCCAGAGUGGACACACAGGCCGACUGCUUCCUCAACACAGUGCUGUGGCUGCACCAGCAUCUCUGAGAACACACACACACACACGCUGCUGAACAUUGUUAGAAAAUUGAUCAUUUUCUAGUUUACUAUCACAAACGUUGACACACGUCUGCCUUACUAACAAAACCCAUUCUGUAUGUUACAGUUUACCAGAUUUUGUAAAGACAUCCCAAAGUCUUUGUCAUCGUAUACAGUAAAUUUACUUUACACAAUGUCCAUUAGAUGGCAGCCUGUCCUCUUUCGAGAACGGCAUACCGCAUAGCAAAUAUCAUAUCAUCUUAAUCACUCAGCAAAUAUGCUAUGACUUAAAGAAUGAGUUCAGAAGUCCGUGUGUUUCAUGUAACUUAGACGACCACAUUUCAAAACGUGACAUCUGAAGCCCUGUAGCCACUCGGCCCCACUGCAGAGCUGUAAACCUCCCAAACCACUCGAAAUCUAAUCUGGAGCCGUUACCAGAGGCUCUCGACCACCUUCCUCACAGGGCUGCCCGGAUAAAUAGUCUACUGCACUGCUGACCUUCGAGCCCAGUUUAUUUUUGCCGCGGUGAUCAGCUCCUCACUCGACUCCCUGAAACACGAACAUCACAGAUUUCAAUUCACCGCUGCUCAGCAUCCCUGGCCUUCCACGCGAGGGCGAUUUGCCAAUUACAUCUGGAAGCUCUGUUUUCCUGAACCAACUCUGUCCUGCUCUCGUUGUUCAAAGAAAAGAACAGAAUCUGAUGAAAUCUGGGACGAGGAAAAGAGGUGGCCGAGACAUUGGCGGAGGAAAACAAAGCCUUGUCACGUGUUUGUCACUGCUUUGGUGGCCUUGUCGAGACUUCACGGAGGCCUUGAGAAGUCACACCGCUUUCAUUUCCCAAACAACACGAGUUCCUUCAGUUGAUACUGAUACAGAUUCAAUUUAACAGAUGCAGAUUUUGGAAAAUGAAGUGCCCGAGAUAAGACUUGGGGGUGGUUUGAUCGCUUCCAGAAGUUUCCCCUCAGCAGUCGCACCCUGUUGUCCCAGACACAGCGUCCGUAUCAAUUGUCCUCUCCACCAACACGUUGCUCUGUGGCCUUGACUGCAGCUGCCGCCUGAUGGCGUCACUGUGAUGUGGGUGUUGGGUGAGGUCACCAAUUCGAGAGAGGGACGGAGAUUGUGCUGACGAGGAAGUGACCGAUAGAAAAGAAAAGAGGAUCGAGACGGAGGCGAGCGGGUUUUCCAGCAAAUGAACGAGCCAGAGCGAUGCAGAGGUUCACGGCGUGCCUCUGUGGCAUUCUGCUGUGUGGGCCGGGGGAGACAGAGACGAAGCUUUGUCGAGAGCUGCAGACAGGGGAAAGACUCGCGCUCAUGCUGAGUGCAUGUAGGAGGUAGACGGACAAAGGGAGGAAAGAGGGCAAGUGUGUUUUCUGACUCUGGGGGACAAAGAGCCUUUUGGAGUUGGUGUGUCUCCCCUCUCCGGCCGGCUGAAGAGAAAGUAGAACAGAAUGGGACACUGAAGCCUGAGCGUGGUGCCAGAGGGGAGCUCGGAGGAACACGCAACACACUGCACUCUUUAGUUUUGCAUACAGGUGGAAAGUUUGCCGUUAUGGUGGCACCGGAAGGAAUCGGCAAGAGCAUCAGGAUUGCAUCCUCAGAGUAUUAAGGGAUACCAAUGUCGUGGCUGUUCACCAGCUGCUGAGGAAACGGCUGGCCUGGAUUCGUCUGAAGGAAUCUCAUGUCGUCGCACCAAAUAACACUGGAUAUCUUGUUUGCUGAGCAGUAAAAAAUGACCUGUUGAGGGUUUUGCGCAAGGAUGAAGUGUUGCAGUAACUUCUGGACAUCAGGAGGCCAUCUCCUGGCUGUAGUAUUUAGAGUUUACCCUGACCCCUGGUCGCACUGCCAUGAAGCUACCGUUAAAGAGGCAGCAGACAAAUUUGGUGCCCCUAGUGGUCCCCGGUGGCAUUACGGUUUGGCCACUGUCGUAAAAAGACGCUGCAGUAGCGCGAUGCCAGUGAGGACGCAGGUCCUUUUCGUCAACGGCGCUUUGGAGAGAACGGAGGCGAAGGAAGAAGUGUGUGCACUGAAGCUCCCACUUGGUUUGCUGGCUCCUGGCGGUAACUAGCGGCAGCGUUGGCGUCAUGGCUCAAUGCCAGCAGCCUGGCUACUGUCCAAAGCAGAAAGCAAGCAGAAAAAUACAAAUUUCAACAAAUAACCACGAGUUGAGCAUGCGUUAGGCUGGUUACGUUAUUAACUGAUGGAAACAGGAUAGUUUUUUCCAUCACUGCGGACAGAUACUGGGAGAACGCUAUGCUCGUCCUUGUUUUGGCCACACGGUGGGUGACUCAGUUAGUCCUUUUUCUGUUGUCAUCACACUGUGCGAUCAGUUUUACCAUUAAAAUGACAACUUAAAGACAAAAGGUUGUCUAUUUUCACUUUAACCUGAAGUUUUAUAAUCGGCCCUGAAGGCAUUUGAAUUAGAGUAAGAAGUGAAUGUGUCCUGUCGAAUGGUGGAGGGUGGAAGGCUCUUGUUUAGUGCUGAGAGACUAAGACCCUCCGUAGACGAAGUCUGGCCGUAAUCCUCGACUGAACUCAAAUCCUCUGUGAGCCGUCGUACUGGUGGAAAUGAGCCUUGGAGACCUCAUAAAGUUGUGGGGCUGCGAAAGAAAUGUAUUGUGCUGUUGGGAGUCCAAUGUUCAAAGUACAAGGAAUAAAAAAAAACCCACCCCUGCACAUUAUGUUUGACUGGAAUAGGCCGUAAUUGGGUUUGGAUUUGGUUUUGACAUCAUAUGACUUUUAUUCUAUACUUCUAAAGGUCUGUUCACACGUUGUAAUGGUAACUUCUCAUCCAAAACCCCCGAGCCAUGUUCUUCACCUGUGGACGUGUGCCAAGACUUAAAGUGCUCCAAUGUGAGUUUUCUUUUUAAAGAGGCAGCGUGUGUAAAGUCUGACAUGGUUCAAUAAAUCGUUGUUGGUU